AGAAGAAGAAGAAGGAGAGAGAGAGAGAGAGAGAGAGAGGAACAAGCAGCAGCAGUUUUCUCAUGGCAGGACGCAGGUACGAGGCCAACCCCUUCGACGAGGAGCACGUCAAUCCCUUCUCGCAGCAACCCGGAAGAGUUUCUCCUAAUCUUGGGAUUUCAGCUCAUCCUCCACACCAAGCUGGUUUUUACGGCUAUCGCGGUCCAACAAUUGAUAUCCCUCCUGAUACAGCAAAGGAUGUGAAGAGGAAGGAAGCAGAGUUAGAGAUCAGAGAGGCAGAACUGAAGAAGAGGGAACAGGCAUUAAGACAAAGGGAAGAAGCUGCAGCAAGGGCUGGAAUUGUUUCAGAGGAUAGAAACUGGCCCCCAUGUUGCCCUAUUAUUCACCAUGACAUUGCCAAUGAAAUUCCCAUACAAUUGCAGAGGAUGCAGUAUAUUGCCUUUGCAUCACUUUUGGGAUUAACAUUAUGUCUUUCAUGGAAUGUAAUAUCCACACUGGCGGCUUGGAUUAAAGGCGAAGGUAUAAAGAUCUGGUUCCUAGCUGUUAUCUACCUCACUACUGGUGUCCCAGGAGCUUAUCUGUUAUGGUAUCGUCCUCUCUAUCGUGCAAUGAGGACUGAUAGUGCUCUGAGCUUUGGAUGGUUCUUCAUAUUUUACUUGGUUCACAUAGCUUUUUGUGUCUACUCUGCGGUUGCUCCUCCUUUCCCUUUCAAAGGAAAAUCUUUGACUGGCAUCCUUGCAGCAGUGGAUGUUGUUGGAGAUGCUGUUGUGGUUGGGAUCUUCUACUUCAUUGGGUUUGGUUUCUUCUGUAUUGAGGCACUCAUCAGCCUUUGGGUCAUUCAGCAAGCAUACAUGUAUUUCAGAGGAAGUGGAAAAGCUGUGGAGAGGCACGACACUGAACAUGGUUCGACCAGGUGAAAGCGUCAGAGGUUGGCAGCUGAAUAAUAGUAUAUCUAGUUUAAUUGGAGUAGAUAGUUCUAAACAUCUGCUUCAUUCAUGCUCUUCUUUCCACUUUAGCAUGGUUAAGCAUUGGAGACAAUGAUCUGCGGAGCUGUAGACUGUUGUUGACUGCUGUAUAAUUCCACUAGAGAAGUAUUCAGAGUUUGCUUAAACUACUUUUUUGGUGAUACUUUCAAUGAAAAUAAUAAAAUGUUUGUGUGCCUGAUUGAGCAA